UGCCUGUCUGUGGCAGUCUGCGGAGGGAAGAGCAGUCUGCGGAGGGAAGAGCUGGUAGAAGCACUCUGCUACAGGACUAAGCUCUAUUUUCAAAUAUAUAGAGCCAGCCUGGAUUCUGUCUUCCCUCUCCUGGCUUCUCCAGUGAGCUGCUCUGCUCAAUCUGUGCUGAGAUCUCCUUUUGAUCUGGGCACCUGUUCCAACUCAUCAGCCAGGUGAAGGUGAUUCUUUCUCUGUCUCCCUCAGCCAUUGUUUUUGGGCUUCUUUUCCUCCCUCCCUCCCUCCUCUCUGUGUUCAGCCCUGCCUCAUGCUUUGAGUGAGUGGGUUUGGCUGUGGCUUGCAGUGUGCGUGGAGCUCCAGAAUAUCCCUCACUAGAGUGAAGGUGUGGAACACUGGAGUAGAAUACUGAGACAGAACAGUGAGGUGUUUUGGUGAGGUAGUAUUAUUUUGUAGAAUACUGAUUUAGAACACUGAGGUAGAAUUUCUGAGUAGCGUUCUGAGCUGGAACUUUAGUAAUAACUUUAAUUCUGAAGUAGAAUACUGUGGUGGAGUACUUGAUCGGAAUACUGAGCUAGAAGUAUUUUGUGGAACAUUGAGGUAGGUACUGUAGAGUAGGGAGAAUGGGGGGUCAUACUGCAGUGGUGUGUUUGGUUCUGCUGGCCCUAUGCUGUGUGCUACUGCUAAGAGGAGGGGAGAGCGCAGGAGGCAUAGUCUCUAUAGGCCAGGCUGUGGAGGAGAGAGGGAUGGAUGGAGGAAUGGAGGCCCUACAUGGAGAGGAGUCCCAGGAUGAGCCGGCUAAAGAACAGGAGAUCACAGAGACGCAAAGACAGACUGGCAAGGCAAAGAGAGCCACAGAGGAAGAAGCCAUACCAGCCCGGGUCAGGAGAGCCCCAGAGGAGGAGGAGGGCAAAGGGAAGAAAAAAAAGGGUAAGAAGGACAAGAAGAACAAGGAGUCUAAAGCAGACAAAAAGCUGAAGGACAAGGGAGGCCGCCGCGGCAAAGCACCAACAACCCCACCACCGACCACUACCACACUACCACCGACCACUACCACAGAGGUGUACACAGAGCCAGAGGAUGACUACUGGAACCCUGAUGAUGAUAAGCCAGCCACCCCAGAGACUGACUCAGAGGAUGACUACUGGAACCCUGAUGAUGAUAAGCCAGCCACCCCAGAGACUGACUCAGAGGAUGACUACUGGAACCCUGAUGAUGAUAAGCCAGCCACCCCAGAGACUGACUCAGAGGAUGACUACUGGAACCCUGAUGAUGAUAAGCCAGCCACCCCAGAGACUGACUCAGAGGAUGACUACUGGAACCCUGAUGAUGAUAAGCCAGCCACCCCAGAGACUGACUCAGAGGAUGAGUACUGGAACCCUGAUGAUGAUAAGCCAGCCACCCCAGAGACGGACUCAGAGGAUGAGUACUGGAACCCUGAUGAUGAUAAGCCAGCCACCCCAGAGACUGACUCAGAGGAUGAGUACUGGAACCCUGAUGAUGAUAUGCCAGCCACCCCAGAGACUGACUCAGAGGAUGACUACUGGAAGGGAGAGGAGGAGGAGCCUGCAGGCCCAGUGGUCGACCCAGAAGAUGACUAUUGGAAGGGAGAGGACCCGACGGCCACAUCCCCCCCUCUUGUGGUGGAUGGAGAGGAGGACACGGGAGAUGAAGACUACUGGGAAGCCAAAUAUGAGGUGCCCGAGAAUCUUCCUUUCCCUGACGGUAAAGAGGUCGUCCCCACAGAGAAAGAUGACUUGAGCUACGCUGUCACAGAGGAUUCUAUUACACCACCACCUACCCAUGAAAGCCCAUGGUACGAGGAGUAUGACUAUGGAUAUAGUGGUGGAGAGACAAAAAAACAGGAGGAGGAGGAGGAGAGGGAAAGACAAAGGAAAGAAAAGGAGAGAGAGGACAGAGAGAGAGCUCAGCAGAGGAGGGAGGAGGAAGACAGGGAAAAAGCCAAGAAGAGACCACCCGUAUUCAAAGAGCCCAAAAAGUGUCCUCCCCUGGGUAUGGAGUCUCACAGGAUAGAAUCAGACCAGCUGCUGGCCUCCUCCAUGUCUCACCACCGUUACAGCCAGGGCAGGGCACGGCUCAACAUGCAGGCUUCAGAGGAUGAGGAUGACAUGCAUGGUGGGGCGUGGUGUCCUAACCAAGAGGACAACAUUCACUGGUUUGAGAUUGACGCUCGCAGAGUAACAGAGUUUACUGGGAUCAUAACACAAGGACGAGACUCACGCAAUGAGAGUGACUUUGUGACAUCGUACUAUGUGCAAUUCAGUAAUGACAGCAGAGAAUGGACAACCAUGAAUGACGGUUACUCUGACUGGUUGUUCUUUGGUAACUCCGAUAAGGACACCCCAGUGCUGAAUCAGUUAGCUGAGCCCAUACUAGCUCGCUACAUCAGAGUCAUCCCUCAGAGCUGGAACGGCAGUUGCUGUAUGAGGCUGGAGGUGCUGGGAUGCCCACUGCCUGACCCCACCAGUGCCUACCAGAGGUUGCAGAAUGAGGUGACUCCAGUCCAGUACCUGGACUUCAGACAUCACAACUACUCAGAUAUGGUCACGCUGAUGAAGUCUGUGUCUGAGGAGUGUCCCAACAUCACCAGUAUGUACAGCCUGGGCCGCAGCUCCAAUGGACUAGACAUCGUGGCCAUGGUGAUAUCAGGAAACCCCACAGAACACGAGAUAGGUGAGCCAGAGUUCCGAUACACGGCUGGUCUCCAUGGAAAUGAGGCAACAGGGCGGGAGAUGGUUCUUCUUCUGAUGCAGUACCUUUGUAAGGAGUACAGAGACGGCAACCCCAGAGUGCGCCGCCUGGUGGAGGGAAUACGUACCCACCUGGUGCCCUCUCUGAAUCCUGACGGACAGGAGAAGGCCCUCAUAGCGGGUUCAGAGUUGAGUGGUUGGACCACAGGCCACUGGACGGAGGACGGCCAUGACAUCUUCAACAACUUCCCUGACCUGAACAGUGUUCUGUGGGAGGCAGAGGACAAGGGUAUGGUGCCCAAACUGACCCCCAAUCACCAUGUCAAGAUCCCUGCUGACACAGUGGGGGACGACAAGAUAGCUGUGGAGACUCAAGCCAUCAUCUCGUGGAUGGAGAGCCACCCGUUUGUACUGGGGGCCAACUUCCAGGGAGGGGAGAGGGUAGUGGCCUACCCCUACGACAACCACCGCCUAACCAAGGCCGCCAGCACCAGCGAGAGAGACCGGGCACACAGCCGCAAGAAGAGACAGUUCGAGGAUGAGUAUGACAGAGGGGCAGAUUGGGAUAGAGGCUACGACCGUGAGGAGCCAGAGGAUGAUAAUAGAAACAGGGGAUACCAGGAACCAGAAGAGGAGCGUUGGAACAGGGGAUACCAGGAUCCAGAAGAGGACCGGCGGAACAGGGGAUACCAGGAACCAGAAGAGGACCGGCGGAACAGGGGAUACCAGGAACCAGAAGAGGAGCGUUGGAACAGGGGAUACCAGCAGCCGGAAGAGGACCGAUGGAACAGGGGAUACCAGGAACCAGAAGAGGACCGUUGGAACAGGGGAUACCAGCAGCCGGAAGAGGACCGAUGGAACAGGGUAUACCAGCAGCCGGAAGAGGACCGGCAGAACAGGGAGCUGGAGGAGGAGUGGAGGGGGCAUGGCUAUGGCCACAGGGAAGAGGAAGAGGAGGAUGACAGAGGGGGACAUCAGGAAGCAGAGCCUGAGGAUGAACCCAGGACCCCGGCAGACGCCUCCUUUUUCAGGUGGUUAGCUAUCUCCUACGCCUCCACUCACCUGUCCAUGACAUACACUUCCCACGGCUCCUGUCACGGCGAUGACAUCACUGGCGGCGUCGGAAUCAUCAACCGCGCCAAGUGGAAGCCCAUCACAGGAAGUAUGAAUGAUUUCAGCUACCUGCACACUAACUGUCUGGAGCUAUCAAUGUUCCUGGGCUGUGAUAAAUUCCCCCAUCAGAGUGAGCUGGUCAUUGAGUGGGAGAAGAACAGAGAGGCCAUGCUCACCUUCAUGGAGCAGGUACAUCGUGGGAUCAGGGGCGUGGUGAAAGACAAUGAGGGGAACCCCAUCACUAAUGCCACAGUGUCUGUAGAGGGGGUUAACCAUGAUGUCACUACAGCUGUAACAGGGGACUACUGGCGCUUGUUGAACCCAGGUGAGUACCGUGUGACGGUGCGGGCAGAAGGCUUCACCCCCCUGACCAAGCUGUGUGUGGUGGGCUACGAGCCAGGGGCAACUACCUGCAGCUUUAACCUGGCCAAGUCCAACUGGGACCGCAUCAAACAGAUCAUGGCCCUGCACGGCAACAAGCCCAUCCGCUUGCUCAGCCACGGCAACAGUGGAACACGACGGAACACCGCCUCCAACGGUAACAGCCGUGUGGUGCAUAACAAUGGCGCUGCCGCCAAUGAACCUGAGACGAGUCGCAUGCGCCAGCAAAAGCGGAGGCUCGGCCGCCUCCGUCGUCUACGACAACAGAAACUGAUGAGAUCGACAACAACUUUGCCCCCGACAACCACGCCGGUUCCCACGACAACAGAGGCAGAGCCCACCACUGCCUGGUACGACUCGUGGCUCAUAGGAGAGGGGCAAACAUCGGCGCCAGAAGGUUUCACAGACUCCAUCUUGGAUUACAACUACGAGAUCGACGAUUACUAAGGGUAACACCAAGACCUUGUUCCAAUACAUCCUUUCUCCCCAUUUCCUUAAAAGAAUCAAGGUAGGGAAGGAAGAAGUUGAACAGGACCAAUUUGUCAGUCAAGCCCAGACUGUUAACUCAAUUCCUGGACAAUUAAGUGACCCCUUGAAAAUCUGAGUGGACUGGAUAUGUUUAAGCAAUAUGGCUUAAUCUCCAAUAGGAUAGAUUGACUCUCUCCCUCCUAUAUUACUGAACCCAUCCAUUCUUUCAGAUCUACAAAUGGGCCACAAGAAGCGUUUAGGUAUAUUUACAGAAACUCAAAAGGAACAAUGAUGUUGAAUAGUCAGGCACACACGCUAAUGUCAAGUGUUCUGUAUAACUGCUUGAGUAGGUCUUUUGAUACAAAGUUCAACACAAAUGAAAAUGUCAGUACCGAUAUCUGGGAAGGUCCUUUUACACCAAUUCAAGGCCUUCCUAGAGAAUGUGCUUCAGAGAUCAUGUAUAUGUGCUGGUUGUAAAUUAAAUAUAUUUUUACCACCUCCACCCCUGAAGAGUAAAAACAAAGAAGCAAAAUGUAUUUCUUUGAAAAGUGAGGAUUUAUUUACAUUAUUUUCACCCAUGACAGCAAAACCAUAAUACCGACAGACAUUAAAAUGUUAACUUCACAAAAUGUUAGUUGAAGGUUGAGAGAACUCGAGAGAUUUUCUGAAAUGUUCCUCAUAACGUAGCUGAGGAAAGUUAUUUUUCCAAUGAAUAAAGGCUCAUUUACGUACA